AUGAUAACUUACUGGGGAUAUCCAAGUGAAGAGUAUAACGUUGUUACUGAGGAUGGCUACAUUCUGGGGGUCUACAGAAUUCCUUAUGGGAAGAAAAACUCAGAGAAUAUAGGUAAGAGACCUGUGGUGUUUCUGCAACAUGGUUUGAUUGCAUCAGCCACAAACUGGAUCACAAAUCUCCCAAACAACAGCCUGGCCUUCAUUCUGGCAGAUGCUGGCUACGAUGUGUGGCUGGGGAAUAGCAGAGGAAAUACAUGGUCCAGGAAAAAUUUAUAUUAUUCACCAGACACAGUUGAAUUCUGGAAGUUCAGCUUUGAUGAGAUGGCUAAAUAUGACCUUCCAGCCACAAUAGACUUCAUUGUGCAGAAAACUGGACAAGAGCGGCUGCACUAUGUUGGUCAUUCCCAGGGCACCACUAUUGGUUUUAUUGCCUUUUCUACCAAUUCUACAUUGGCUAAAAGAAUCAAGACAUUUUAUGCAUUAGCUCCAGUUGCUACUGUAACAUAUGCACAAAGUCCUUUGAAAAAACUUUCACUUAUUCCUACAUUACUUUUCAAGAUUAUAUUUGGUAACAAAAUGUUCUUGGCACACAACUUCUUUUAUCAAUUUCUUGGCACUGAAGUGUGCUCCCGGGAACUGAUGGAUCUUCUCUGCAGCAACACUUUAUUUGUCUUUUGUGGAUUUGACAGGAAGAACUUGAAUACGAGUCGUUUUGAUGUGUAUCUAGCACAUAAUCCGGCAGGAACAUCUGUCCAAGACAUCCUCCACUGGGCUCAGGUUGCUAGAUCUAGGAAAUUUCAAGCCUUUGACUGGGGAAGCUCAUUCCAGAACAUGUUACACUACAAUCAGAAAACACCUCCCGAAUAUGACGUGUCCGCGAUGAAUGUGCCAAUUGCACUGUGGAAUGGUGGCAGUGACCUCCUGGCUGACCCCCGCGACGUUGGCAUGCUGCUUCCCAAAUUCACCAACCUCCUCUACCACAAGGAGGUUCCUCCCUACAAUCAUUUGGACUUUAUCUGGGCAAUGAAUGCUCCUCAGGAGGUUUACAAUGAGAUGCUCUCCAUGAUGGCAGAAGACUAGAAGAACUAUCUACCUGCAUUCCAAAAGCCUUGCUUCUUUUAUAGUCGUUUGCUUUUAGUGUUUAAAAUGAAAUACUUAUUAUUGUAAUUUUGA